UAGCUAUAGCUCGUUCGCACUGGGUGGGAGGAGCCGAUUUUCGUGUUCUUCGCGGAGUCCCCCUCCCUGUCUCUCUCAUCGCGCAACUACUUACUACUGGCAGAGCCCAGUCUAGGGAAAGGGAACAAACUGCUUUGCAAACUGCAACGCGUGCGUGUGCAUCGUAGCAGCAUAUCUUCGUGCUAGAGUUUUCCUAUAUCCUGCUGCUAGUGCGUUGUAGUUCCCGCACACGUUGCUGCGCCGUCUGUAGUUUUCGAGUCGUAUACCGUAUACCGUCGAGCAUAGUCGCGUGCGUGUAGUAAGAAAGUGCCGUGUGUUUUCGUGGAGGCGCUGGAUCGUCGUGCGUUGAUACCCAUCAGGAGCUGCUGCUGCAGCAGCUGCUGUUGAAGGGAUGGCGGCAGUCUUCGACAUUGAACUGCACGACGCGGACGACGUGGUGAGGGAAGACUCCGAAGACGACGUCAUCGAGAUCGGCGAGGAGGAAUACGAUGCCCACCCCAACGUCAAUGAAAUCCUUGAUUCUGAUGGAGUUGAAACUGUAGCAAUAUCAGAGCAAAAUGUGAACCAAGGAAGAGAGAGGGCUGGACCUCAAGACUUUGAACUAUGCAAGGUCAUAGGCAAAGGUGGAUAUGGCAAAGUAUUUCAAGUACGCAAAAUUACCGGCAACGACAGUGGUACUAUUUUUGCCAUGAAGGUGCUGCGCAAAGCGUCUAUAAUAAGAAAUCAAAAAGAUACUGCCCACACUAAAGCUGAAAGAAACAUUCUGGAAGCUGUGAAGCAUCCUUUUAUUGUUGACUUGAUGUAUGCUUUCCAAACUGGAGGCAAACUAUACUUGAUUCUUGAAUACAUGUGUGGAGGUGAACUUUUCCGGCAUUUAAAUGAUGAGGGCAUAUUCUUGGAAGAUACUGCUUGCUUUUAUUUGUCUGAGAUAAUAUUAGCACUGCAACAUCUUCAUCUGCAAGGCAUUAUAUAUAGAGAUUUAAAACCAGAGAACAUUUUACUGGAUGCAGAGGGUCAUAUUAAACUUACAGACUUUGGACUCUGCAAGGAACAUAUUCAAGAAGGGACUGUCACACACACAUUUUGUGGUACCAUUGAAUACAUGGCCCCUGAAAUUUUGACCAGAAGCGGCCAUGGUAAGGCAGUAGAUUGGUGGAGUCUUGGUACUCUUAUGUAUGACAUGCUUACUGGAUCUCCUCCAUUCACCUCUAAUAAUAGAAGAAGUACAAUUGAAAAAAUAUUGAGAGGCAAGCUAGUUUUACCGCAAUAUUUGACUCCAGAUGCACGCGAUUUGAUUCGUAAAUUACUGAAGCGACAAGUUGCACAAAGAUUAGGCUCAGCUCCAGCUGAUGCUGAAGCAAUAAAGAACCAUCAAUUCUUCAAGCAUAUCUGUUGGCAUGACGUUAUAGCUCGCAAAUUAGAACCACCAUUCAAGCCCACAUUGGCGAGCGAAGAUGACGUUUCACAAUUUGAUAAACGAUUCACAACAUCAGCACCAAUCGAUUCUCCUGCUGAAUGUACAUUAAGCGAAUCUGCUAAUAAAGUUUUUCAAGGAUUUACAUAUGUUGCACCAAGCAUACUGGAAGACAUGUGUCAACCUAGAGUAGUCAAUGCUAGAAGUCCACGUAAAAAUAACAUGCGUGGAUUCUCCCCUCGUGGCAAUCAUUUUAACUUGCAUAAUUCGCACAUGCAAAGUCAUAGGCAUAAUGGUGUCGGACAAAGCAUAGAAGAUGCAGAAAUGAUUGAAAUAGGGUAAAUUUUGGGUUACUUAUUGCUUAUUAUUUAAUAUCGCCGCCUAGCUAUUGGGCUUCUGAGAUUAGCGCUCAAGUCUCAGGGAGGGAUUUUAUAAAUAUCACAGUUAUACAGGAGGGUUGAUUGACUAUGUAUGCAAUAUACAGUAGAUGCCCAAUGGCUAUGCAUAGUUAAUUUUUUUUAUUCGUGUACUACGAAUAACUACAAAUAUAUUAGCAAAGAGAUUGUUAUGCCUGAUGAGCAGCAGUGUUGAUACCAGACAGCUUUUUGAAAAGCCUUAAAUAAGCAUAUUUAUCAUCCGAGUCAUUUAGAAAAAAUUUUUUUAUUUCAGAAAAAAUGUCAUAUUACGAUAUAUUACAUUUGUUUGUUUUUAUCUUUUGAUUUAUAUUUGUAUAAUCCGAAAAAAAGUAAAAGCUAUUUAGUAAUUAUUAUACCAGUGAUUCAGCGUUUUCAUAAAAAUUUCUAAAUAGUGUUUUGAUACUUUUAUUUUGUCGUUUUCUUGUGAGAUUUAAAGCAUACUAAAAUCACUUACGAUCUCAAAAAAAAAAGAUAAGACUUGUAUGACAAUUAUUCUGAAUAGUUUACAUGACUGCUUAUACCACAGUCUAGAGCAGCUGCAUCAGUCAUAAUCAGUGGUUGAAAGAUGUGUAAUAGUACCGUUAUGAAAGUUUGAGCCUCUAUGACAAAAGAAAUUUUACACUUUCUAUUGCGAUCCAUAUAAACUAAAUAUUUAGGUAAGAAUUAAAUCUUUUUUACAAUCCAUUAAAAUGUAAUAUAUAAAGGCCUAGCUGCUGUAUUUGUUCAGUCGCUCAAAGCUUGCCCUACAUCGGCUGAUUACUCAAAAUUGUACACUGAUGUAUACCGUUUUUUCUACAUAGGAUCAAUGAAAAUAUCACUGUAGGGAGUUGUGUAGGGAGUUUCCAUUGCAAACGAAAGAGAGACGAAUAAGUUGCUUACUCGUUCAGUUUGUCUAGACUCUGAGGAAGAGAAAAUUAUUGCCAUUGUGUUUUAUUUCUUUAUUACGCUGUAUUUACUUAUCAGUCUGAUUUGUUUCGCACACUUAAAGUCGCUAGUGUUCAUGGUAAUAGCUACUUAGGCUUUGAGUUACGAUUUGUCUUAACGAACGACUCUUGCGUUGAAAAGAAAAACUUCUAUAGAUCAAUGAAUUGACUAAGUUAAAGAAACUAUUUAAACGAAGUGACGAUUUAAUUAACAAAUCACUUAAACUUCAACUGCCCAAGUGUUCAGGUCGCUGCUACCGACUUACAAUUUACCUUUCAUAUACAAAUAUAUAGUUAUAAAUUUAACCAGUUUAUAGUCGAGAUGCCAAGGUGGCCGCCGAGCUCCUCUUUACCUCUUCUCUAUGACUCUAUGACUAUAUGAAAUAUAUGUUAUAUAGCAUCGAGACUUUUCGCACUAAGCUUUCCCCGUUUUACCUAUAUAAAUAUAUAAAAAGGCUCGGGAGCGGCACCGUUGCGUCUCGACCGCGCACGAGUUGACACAAAUUAACUGCGACUGCAUAUACUACUGUAUACUAGCUCUUCAUCAAUAAGAUUGUAAUAUUCGUAAACAGUUUGUAUUAUACAUGAACGUGCGAAUUUUCACGAGUCACGACACUUUACGCGAGCAAAGCAUUUUUUUCCCCGAUUGUUAUAGCAAAAGACGCCAAACUUACCCGUACACGAAAGGAAAAACCAUAUAAUAAUUUCGUGCCUAUUAGACGUACACUAUUAUACAUAUUAUAUAUACAUAUAAUGGUCCUGAAACGGUUGUGCUUUUGAUGACUUUUUUAGACAAAGAAAAUAAAAAGAGCGAGAUGCAAUUGCCUCGUCAAGUGCCGUUGGGAAACUGCCGCACGAAACUUACGAUAACGUAUUAAAGAAAGAAAAAAUAAUUGAAUUCUUUAUAUGAAUAACAAUCGCGUUAUGAAACAUGAAAAAUCUACGUUACUACUAUAUAAUUAUUUUAUAAGUAUAUACAUAAUGUGCUUUAGCAAUAUCGCUUCAAACCGGGACAAGAUGAUGAUUAAGAGAGUUAAAGGUUACUUGUAUAAAGUUUAGUCGAUUUUUUUAGCAAUUGCGCGUUCAAGCGAUCCCACGAUUUUAUCAGUUUUCAUAUUUCCGUUUUUUCCCUGCGAAUUAUUCACCUGCACAGCGUCGUGAUGACAGGUAAACAUGGCGUCAGAAGCAUUUGUAAUUAUAAUCAUCUUGUAUCGGCGAUGAGAGAAUUGAGUACAUUUUAUUCUAUUAUUAAUUUAUAGAUAUAAUAUUUGAACGUGUGACAUGGCAUAUUCUUACUCUAAAACAAACGAAAAAUGAAUUAGACGUUGCGCGAAGAAAGGCGAAAAGAAAAUAUCGAAAUUCCUUCUUUUUUUAUUAUCAGUGUACCUAAAAUUGUCAAAUUAAUAAUUUCCGUAGUUCGCCUCGAUGGCACGAGUCAUGCUAAGGUUAUAGUACCGCUGAAGUAUGAGAAGUAAACGGUCUAUGUAACCGGUAAUAAUGGAGCUACUAGCCAAAAGAAAGAUAAACGAUAGCUAAUAUCUAUUGAUAUUGUCUUUUGUAUACCUCCGAAUCGUGUUUGCGAAUAGAUGUUUUUGGUUUAGCGAAACAAGCUUUCUUUGCUAUCUCGAAGCAUAAGAAGAUGAAUUAACGAUGUAAGAUGAUGUCUUUUUUUAACAGAGUUUUGUUGAUGUUUAAAAUAAAUGUUAAUAACAUAUA